AAGGAAGUGCGCUUUAACACGCUCUCUGGGCGUGAAAUUUAGUUUUUAAAGAUACAAAAGUAACUCGAAACAGUUAGGAAACCUGCAGUCCGUGCGUAAGCGCGCCCUUCUGUUUAUAGUUAUAGGUUUKUUUUUCUGCCUUCGUGGAGCUCCGCGUUCCGACCAUGCCCGAGACGACGACGCAAGAGACUCCGGCCAAGGACUCUCCUUUCUUCAUCAAGAACCUGCUGAACUGUGACAGCAAGCCAUCCAAGCCCCGACCCACCCUGACYGCCACCAAGGCGGCCCUGGAGGGAGGCUUCUCCCUCUCCCAGGUGGAGGGCUUCAGCUUUCCGCGCUUUGACGUGCCCGCGCAGAGAUUCACUUUACCGGCCCACUACUUGGAGCGCACCUCGGCGUGGUGGUACCCCUACACCCUCAGCUCAGCCGCGCAUCUGCACAGGAGCGAAGUUAUAGAGAAACCAGCAGCCAGAGAUUCAUCUCCAACCUCCGGCACRGAUAGAGACUCUCCGGACCUGGUGCUCAAAUCCGAACCGGACGCCAAAGACGACGACGAGGACGACGAGAAUAACAACACCAAGAGCAGCGAUGAGAUCAUCCUGGAGGAGAGCGACGCCGAGGAGCCCAAGAAAGACGAGCUGGACGACUGGAAGAAGCGCGACGAGGACAAGAAGCCGUGCCGCAAGAAGAAGACGCGCACGGUGUUCUCCCGGAGCCAGGUGUUCCAGCUGGAGUCCACCUUCGACAUGAAGCGCUACCUGAGCAGCUCGGAGCGCGCGGGCCUGGCCGCGUCGCUCCACCUGACGGAGACGCAGGUGAAGAUCUGGUUCCAGAACCGAAGGAACAAGUGGAAAAGGCAGCUGGCCGCCGAGCUGGAGGCCGCCAACCUGAGCCACGCCGCGGCGCAGAGGAUAGUCCGGGUGCCCAUCCUCUACCACGAGAACUCGGCCUCGGAGGGCGCGGGCGCGGCUGCCAACGUGUCCGCGAGCCAGCCGCUGCUCUCCUUCCCGCACCCGGGCGUCUACUACUCCCAUCCCAUCGUGACAUCUGUGCCGCUGCUCAGACCGGUCUGAGAGCCAGAGCUCGGUGGCACAGGUGGGUGUCCUAACUUAUCAUAAAGUAAAAAAGACGAUAUUUUUAUACGAUUGUAAAAAAGGGACAAAAAAACAAACAAACAGAAAGCUGUCAUUGUCAAGCAAACAUAUACUUAUUUUUUCAAAUAAUUGUUCCAGAAAUAUUCCGUUUACACAUUAUUAUUAUUAUUAUUAUUAUUAUUAUUAUUAUUAUUAUUAUUAUUAUUAUUAUUAUUAUUAUUAUUAUUGUCAUCUCAGGAGUUUACCCACAGAUUGAUUAGUGUCUUUAUUCCUUUUACAUUUUUUUAAAUUCCCUUCCACAUGUGUUGCUUGACAUGUCUGUGUGUAAUGUACAAAUCGACCUUUACAGAAAACUAGCUGAAGAUGUGACCCACUUCUCACACACUCUCAUUUGAUUUUCAUUUACAUUAUCUGAUCUGCUGACACGAUGAUGUGCAAUACACUGACUGUGUGCUGUGAAUCCACUGAACACCACAUGAUUUCUCAUAUUUUUUAUCUUCUGUCUCGUUUUUUUUAUAUAUAUUUUCUUGAUGGGGGACAAUCAAGAGCACCCAGCUGUAAAAUCCCCAUAGUUUCAUGUUUUGGUAAUUCUUCACAAGUCUUUUAAGCACAAAUCUAUUGCUCCUUUGAACAGGAAGAGGGAAAAAAAACUGACUUCACUUGUGUAAAAAAUGUAAAUGUAUAUAUUUAAUGGGAAACGAGGAGGAGAAAAUUCCUCGUGACUUCUCAUUUGUACAGUUAAAAAAAAACACGGUUUUGAUAUUGUAUUGCUGAAUCAUGUUGUGAAAUAAACCGAGAAAUAUUA